ACCAGAAUCGCCUUCGGUCUGGUCGCCAAGAUGGCGUCUUCCGCCUCUGCUCGGACCCCGGCGGGGAAGCGAGUGGUGAAUCAGGAAGAACUGCGGCGGUUGAUGAAGGAGAAGCAGCGUCUGAGCGCAAACCGGAAACGGAUUGAAUCUCCAUUCGCAAAGUACAACCGUUUGGGGCAACUGAGUUGUGCCCUGUGUAACACUCCGGUUAAGAACGAGCUCCUGUGGCAGACUCACGUCCUGGGAAAGCAGCACCGAGAGAAAGUGGCCGAGCUGAAAGGCUCGAAGGAAGCUACUCAGGGUCCUUCUGCCAGCUCAGCGCCUCCGUUCGCCAAGAGGAAGGCUCCGGACACAGACGCCCAAGAUGCCAAGAGAGCGAAGACCUCCUCGGUUCCUCAGGUACAACCCUCCACAUCCGCUUUGCCCACCAACUUUGACAAAACAGGAAAGGAGUCCACUAGAGCGACCUCCAGUAAGCCUUCAGGACUCGGUUUACUCCCCGAUUAUGAAGAUGAGGACGAGGACGAGGAGGAGGAAGAGGAGGGAGGAGAAAGAAAAAGGGGGGACGCCAGCAAGCAGCCGCCCGAUUCACAGGGCAAGGACCAUUCACUUUCUUCCUCGCGGGAGGUAACAAAUAGUGUGCUGCCAAACGAUUUUUUUAACACAAAUCCUCCCAAAGCCCCCUUAAUUCCUCAUUCAGGGUCAAUUGAGAAAGCAGAAAUACAUGAAAAAGUGGUGGAAAGGAGAGAAAACACCGCGGAAGCAUUGCCGGAAGGAUUUUUUGACGACCCUGAGGUAGAUGCAAAGGUACGAAAGGUUGAUGCUCCAAAGGAUCAGAUGGACAAAGAGUGGGACGAAUUUCAAAAAGCCAUGAGGCAGGUCAACACUAUUUCCGAAGCCAUAGUUGCUGAAGAGGAUGAGGAGGGACGGUUGGACCGCCAGAUUGGGGAAAUCGAUGAGCAGAUAGAGUGUUACCGUCGGGUGGAAAAACUGCGGAAUCGCCAGGAUGAAAUAAAAAAUAAGCUUAAACAGAUUCUGACCAUAAAAGAACUGCAGAAAAAGGAGGAGGAGAAUGCUGACAGCGAUGAUGAGGGAGAACUACAGGAUUUGUUGUCUCAGGAUUGGAGGGUGAAAGGGGCUUUGUUAUAAGGUUUUUAAAGACCCAAGAUUUUGAUUUUUUUUUUUUUAACAGUUUCUGCAUUGUAUAAAAAGUGCUGUCUCAGUAUAUCGGUUAUUUCAUGCCUAGUGAUUUGGGUAUCUAACUGGGUCGUUAAGAUAAAAUGAACCAGUUGAGCUACAGCACUUUGGAAAAUCAGUGUAAAAUAUUUUUGAGAUAAGGCUGUUUUUGAAAUUUUUGAAGUGUUACAUAGCAAAAUGCCAACUUUUCCACACAUUUAACAUGUUUGUAUAAUUUUGAGUUAUAAAUACAUAGUGAAAUAUAUAUUUACUUAAGUAAUUAUUUUGAAAGUUUUUAAUUAAUAGAAGUUAGACCAACAGGCAUUUAGAUUAAUACUCUGUGCUAUUUGG